AUGUCACAUCCAGCAGCUAGUGUCAAAUCAAUUUAUAGUGGGAAGAUAAAUUUAAACUCCUAUCCAGCAGAUGCAACUGAAUUCUAUAAUAUAGAUAACAACAAUAAUAACAACAAUAAUAACAACAAUAAUAACAACAAUAAUAACAACAAUAGUAACAACAAUAGUAACAACAAUAAUAGUAAACAUUUAUUAAGCACAUCAUCAUCAAUAACGACCACAGAUAAUAAUUUCAAUAUCACACCUACAUUGACUAAUGAGUCAAUACAUUCAAAUUCAAAUUAUAGUAUCACUUCAAAAAAUCUCAGGGCUUUAGAUAUAAAUUCACAUUCAACAUCUCCAGCUAAGAAUGAUACAAAUUUAUCACUUGUCUCCACUGAUUCAAAUUAUCAAAAUCAAAAUAUAGAAGAUGAUGGUGAUGAAGAAUAUAAUUCAGAUUUAUUGGAUCCUUUUUCAAGACCAAUUUCAAGAAAUCUGACUACAUCAUGUUUAUCUACUACUGCUACUAAAGAUGGUAUUGAAGGUAAAAAAUUUCAUAGAAUUGGUCCUACUGCUUAUUCAAGUAAUAUUAUUCUGAAUAUGUUUCAUAAUCAACAAUAUCAAAAUAUGAUAAAACAACAACAAUUGAGAAAUGAAAAAGGGUUUAGAGAUGAUAAUGAGGAUAUGGAUAUGGAUGAAAAUAGUAGUGAUGGUGAUAAUUCACAAGAAUAUUCAAAAAAGGAUAAAAAAUGA